AACUCACCUGAAAAAAAAUGAUGAAAUUAUUUGAGAGCACAAGGUCAUCCACAAGGAAAUCAAGAUCAAGAAUCAAGAAACAAACUAAGUCUCCCUCUGAUUAUGAAGCAACCCCUCAACAUACAUAUUCACUUGAGGUAUCCGAUUCAUCGCCUCGUUAUAUGAAGGCAACAAGCUGUUCUGAAGGGAAAAGGGGUCAAGAAAGUCCUCACCAUUCUGAAUCUUGCUUUGAUAGUAGUGAUCAAAGUUGGAGUCCAUCUAGUAGGAAAUCGACGAGUACUUUAUCUAGGACAUCUAGUUUUAGAAGUGUGAAGAUUUUGAUAAACAGGACUAGUACUAAAUCCAAGAGGUCUAAGUCUUCCUCAAAUUGCCAACAAGUUCCAGUUAAGUCAACUUGUUCUUCCACUCUAAAGGAUUCAAAGUUCCCUCAACAUGUAGAACUUCAUCCUGGACAAAGUGAAUCAAAUAGGAUUUCAAAAGUGAAAGUUUGUUCAUACCAUCACUGUUCACUCAAUAAGUGCUGUGAUGAUGAGCUGUCGCCCCCAGUAAAGCGUGUUUAUAGAAGGAGGAGGCCGUUAAAAUCAGUGAAAAGCAUUAGACUAGAAGUUGAGUCCACAAAUGCAGAUUACUUUUCUACUGAGGAAACCAACCUUAUACAAGACGAUGGAGUUUUCGAAGAAAAUGAGGUUAUUAAGUAUGCUGAUCUUGCUGAGAUUGUGUUUGGUGAAACUUCAUUUCCAGAGAGAAGUUACCAGGAGACAACGGACAUAAUGAGGAAAUAUUCUACACUACAGCAGGACACGCUGGUAACAAAGUGUUGUAAUAAUAUGGAAAGAGAAUGGGAUGAAUCCACUUAUGUUAGUGAUGACGUAGAAUCAAAUGAUCGGAGUGUAACAACAUCAGUUGUUUGGGAUGAUGAGGACAGCGAUGCUGAUCCCCAUCAUGCACUUGCACUGCCACUUCUGAUAAAGUCGGUUGACAAUGUCACCACAGAUGACGAGGAUGAAAACAUCAAUAGAGAAUUGUCAAAGAAUGAACUAUUUGUCAUGAAGAAAAGUUCAGAGUCAAAUGAUCUUGUUGAAGCCAAAUGUAGCACUGAGUUUUCCUUUGCUUCAGCUAGCAACGAUACAAUGGAACUCGAAGAGAAUUUGCAAGAGACGGAUGGCAAAGCUAAUUCAACUGAAAAUGCUGAUCCCAAUGCCUCGACCAAGAAAUUGCACAUACCCCAGUUCCCAAACGAGAAGCAUGGGAGCAUGUGGAGCCUGAUUCAUAGACAUAUGAUUUCAGAUAAAUCUACAGAAUUGGAUGUCAAAGUGACCCCUGGAGCUGAUGAAGAAGAUUUGAAGGAUGGGGGAAACAAAUCUUGUACAGCAGAAAGUUCUGAUAUAUUUUCGAACUUUUCUGGAAGAGUGUCAAUGACUACAAAUCAGGAAGUAGAUAACCAAAAGAUCGAAGUGGGCAAACUUUUAGCCAUUAAGCUAGUACAAGAAGCAAUUGAGAGAAUUCUUCUUCCAGAAGUUCAAGAUCAGUCAUCAGAUAAGCAAUCAGUAACAAGUGAAGUAUAUACUAAAGAAAACUUCAAGGAGUCUGAAACUAGGAAUGAGGAAUCUGAUAAGGCAUCUGAGUCGGAUGAAAGAAGUAUUACCAGAGAAAACACCAGCAGCUCUGAGAAACAGAAAAUUGAAGGACAAUUCAUGAAGGAAGCUGAGAAGAAAGCGCCAAAGCAUUGGAAUAAUCUUAAAAGAUGGAUACUUCUCCAACGAUUCAUCAAGGAAUUGGAAAAGUUGAGAAAAUUCAACCCAAGGAAACCACGAUAUCUGGAGCCGGAGCCGGAGCCAGAAGCAGAAAAGGUUAAUCUGAAACAUCAAAUAGAGGAUGAGAGGAAAAGGACAGAAGAAUGGAUGCUUGACUAUGCACUACAGCAGGCAAUAAGUCAGCUUGCUCCGACUCAGAAAAAAAAAGUGGGACUGCUUGUAAAAGCUUUUGAAAAUGUGGUUCCUCGCCAAGGCAGUAAUAUCCCAUUUAUGUUUCCUAAAUUGAAAACUGGAAAUGAAGACAAUUUGCAGAUUGCAGAUAAUGUUGGUGUAAAGUAUUCCACACACGUAGAUAAAAGGACUGCAGAACAGGAAUGGUCGGUGUUAAAAAAUGACGAUACUCAAAAGGCCAUUGUACUUAGCCAGAAGUUGGAUGAAGUAACAAGCACUUUAAGUGAUAAGGUAUUGGUUGAGAGAAAAGCUAAGCAAGAAGUUACGGAAGAAGAAAAUUCAAUGUUAGAAGCCGAAGCUCGGAUAAAUGAACAUGAGGAGUGUGGUGAUUCAAAUGAUUCUUUAAAAGGAACAUCUUUUACGACCUCAAUCUUAGGCGUUGACGGUGAUGAAACACAAGAAAAUAACAUGAUUGUCCCUGCAGCUUCCGAUGAGAACAAAAAGAUAACAGAAUCAGAAGAUGAAGAUGGAACAUACGUAAGACAGGUGAUCAACAAACAGAAGCACAUCAGCAUGUGGCACAUGAUAUCACAGCAUAUACUUUCAGAUGUUGUGUCAAAAGUAGGGAAUGAGCUACUUGACGGAACAGAUGAUGACGUAGACUACAACAACACACUAACUGAAAUGAAUAAUGCGGACAACUCUCUUCAGGAUUCUUCUGAAAAAAAGGAUGAUAUAAGCCACUAUAAGAGAAGUUUCAGCAGAAAUGAUGCUGUCAAUCUCAUAAGAGAAGCAGUUAGCCAGAUCCUAAAAACACCGAUUCAAGAAGAUCAUUCAGUAGGCGGAGAGCAGAGUAGUACAGAUUCACUUUGCGAAACAAAGGAACUUGCUACAAAUACUAUCACUAACGAGGACGAGAGUAUGAUCCCACAUGCCAAGAGUAAAAUUGAGUCACCAAAGUUGAAGAACUGGAGCAAGCUGAAGAAAUUGAUCCUCCUUAAGAGAUCAAUAAAGGUACUGGAAAGAGCUAGGAAACUCAAUCCACGACCACCUCACAUUCUUCUGCCACCUACACCUGAUCAAGAACAAGAAAAAAUGGAUUUAAGGCACCAAAUGGCAGAUGAGAGGAAAAAAGCUGAACAAUGGAUGCUUGAAAAUGCAGUUCAGCACAUGGUUACGAAGCUAACUCCUGCACAGAAAACAAGAGUCGCGAUGCUUGUGGAAGCUUUUGAAGCAGUUGUUCCGCUACCAGAAGUAUGAAUUCAAUUGGAGUUCAGGAGUAAACACAGUCAAGCAAAUUCUUUGAGAACCUUUUACAUGAAUUAUGAAGGUAAGCAAAUUAACCACUUAAAAUUCCUAGGCUCUAUCUAAUUAACUGAUCAUGAGAUUUUGACAUUGCCUCAGCACAUAAAUAAUAAACAUAACCAGUUCACUGAUAUCCCAGGAAGCAGUUGCUUUAUAGAAGCUUGAUUUGAGUCAAUAUUGUUUACAAGGUUUUGCAGGAAAUAGAUACACAUAUAAUACUCUCUGCUACAGAGAUAUUUAUAAUCUAUGGCAUUGUAAGAACAAUAUAGCCGCUCUGACUGUGGUCAUGUAUGUAUGUAAUAGUAAAAACUUUUGCCAUUCAUAUGAUUUUUGUUGUGGAUUUAUGAAUAAAAGAUGGUAGCCAUUAGCCAAGA